UUUAAAAUCAUUUUUCACUAGGCUGGGAUCACAACAACUCUAAAUUCUCGGUGUGCGGUAUUUGCUGCUGCCAACAGUGUAUUUGGAAGAUGGGAUGAAAGCAAAGCAGAGGCUAACAUAGAUUUUAUGCCUACAAUUUUGUCACGAUUUGAUAUGAUUUUCAUUGUUAAAGAUGAACAUGAUGAAAGGAAAGAUAAUACUUUAGCAAAGCAUGUUAUGGGCUUACACAUGAAUGCUUUGCAAGCUACUGAAGAAGUAGAAGGUGAACUAAGCCUCAUCACCUUAAAGAAAUAUAUUGCCUACUGCAGAUCGAGAUGUGGACCUCGCCUUUCAAAUGAAGCUGCUGAGAAGUUAAAAAAUUACUACCUGUUUAUGCGUAGCAGUAGCAAAGAGCAUCAAGGUGUAGAAAAGAAGUCAAAUAUUCCUAUCACUGUGAGACAAUUGGAGGCCAUUAUUCGAAUAUCUGAAUCAUUAGCAAAAAUGGAACUUCAGCCUUUUGCUACUGAUAGACAUGUUGAUGAAGCAAUGCGUUUAUUUCAAGUAUCAACUCUUGAUGCUGCUCAUUCAGGUGACCUUGCUGGUGCAGAAGGUUUUACUACAGAAGAGGAACACCAGAUGCUUCUGCGGAUAGAAAAACAAUUAAAAAAACGUUUUGCUAUUGGUUCACAAGUUUCAGAGUUCAGUAUUGUGCAAGACUUUUUGAAACAGAAAUAUCCAGAAAGAGCUAUUUACAAAGUAUUGUACCUGAUGAUUAGAAGAGGAGAACUUCAACAUCGUAUGCAAAGAAAAAUGUUAUACAGGAUUAAAUGAUCGAAAGUCUGGGGAAUUAUCUAAUAAGAUUUUGUAUCUAUAUGAUUUUUAACUUCAAUAUUUUGUAUUAAUUUCAGUUUUUUAUAAAUAUUUGUUUUUCCUUGUG